AUGGCAGGUGAAAUACAGUGAUGCAAACUGCAGUGUACUAGUGGCUUUAAACAUUUAAGGCUUGCAGUCUUACUUGUGUUUUCUGACACUGUAAACAAAGAUCUCUGGAUGGAUAAAUACAGCUCUCUGCUCUCCCUGGCUUCACGUCCUCACCUGCUCCAUGCCAAUUUUAGCAUCUUUGCAGUGAUGUGGUAUACUAGAAAAAUACAGAAACUCUUCAGCACAAACAGCGUGCUUUCUGCUGAGAAAGAUGAAUCUACCACUUCCAAAACCAGCACCACUGAAGUGGCAUCAAAGAGGCAGGAGGGUGUAGCAGAAACACCAAAGCAGAAAUUGUUAGACAUUAUUGGUAGUAUGAAAGUAGAAGUGAGCUACAGGAAGAAGCUCCAACAGUUAAAAACACAUGAGAUCAAAAAGCAAGCCACAAAAAAGCUGGAAGGUCUGGACAGUGAAAGUAGCAUGCUUCAGAAAACUACAGAACAUACCCAGCGAAGCAAGCCUUUAAAUCCAGAACUGGUGGAGGCUGUUUCUGCAGUUGCAUCUUCCCUGCCACUCAACAAGAAACAGACAGAAUCAGAACUACUUGCACAACUAAGACGACACGAAGAAACCACAGAUGAACAGAAAAAGGGGGGAACUAUUAACAUACGCAACGUUAUUUCAGAAAUGACAGUUAAAAAGCAGUCUCCAGCUCAGAGAGGUGUGAGGGUAUCCAGUCACAUUUCCUUGAAGUUGGAUGAAGAUGGUCAAAGCAUCAAGCCUGAAAGAUUGUCACCUAAGUCUGAUUCCAGAAGAAGUCUCAAAGUAGGAAGGAGGCUUAAUAUAUUUUCUAAGGCUUCUGCAGAAACAGAAAAAGCACUGGAAACAG